ACUCUCAACGAACUUUUCAAAACCUCAAACAACAACAAUGAAACCAGCAACAACGACUAUUUCACCUGCGAAAUCUGUACAGAGCCAGUCCCAUUGAACGCCAAAUUCAAAAACAUGGAGGCUACUGGAUGUUUUCAUCAAUAUUGCACAGAUUGUGUUGCUAAGUAUAUCGAAACGAAAGUGAUUCACGAAAACAUUUCGGUUAUAAAAUGCCCUAAUACCAGCUGCUCCAUUCUCUUGGAUGCAUUAUCUUGCCGUCCGAUCCUCCCAAAAAAGGUAUUCGAGAAGUGGUGUCAUGUUCUUUGCGAGUCUGCAGUACUUUUAGAUGCGUCGAAAGGUGGGUUUGUGCAUGGAAGAUGUUUUUGCCCUAACCGGAAGUGUUCUGAAUUGAUUCUGAAUGAGUGUGUGGAAACUGAGACUACUGAGUCUAUGGUGAAACGAUCCGAAUGUCCAAACUGCAAGGAGGUAUUUUGUUUUAGUUGUAUGGUUCCAUGGAAAGAGAAUCAUCGAUGUCGUCAUCAAACAAGAGACAGAAUAAUUGAUAUUGAUAUGGAUAGAAACGAUGUUUUGUUCAUGGAAAUGGUUAAACGAAAGAAAUGGUUUCGAUGUCCAAGUUGCAACCUUUACAUUCAACGUGUUCAGAAGGGUGAUUAUUGUUGCACCCACAUCUAUUGCAGAUGUGGAAGAGAAUUCUGUUAUGAUUGCAGACAAUGGCCUUGUGUAUGCAAAGAAGAACCGUUAGCCUGUUGGGCACGUUUAACAUGUCUGUUGCUCUUCGCAGUUUUUAUAGGCAUCAUCUUGUUGAUCAAUUUGAUUUCCUAGUUCGCAGGAAUGAUCAUUAGUAUAUAUUGGGAUAUUGCAUAUAUAUUAAUAUAUACCUCACAACUACUCUGGGAAAGUGAUUGCUGCUCUCCGUCGCUGAAGCUAGCAUCUACAGAUUAUACUUACGAUCAAAAACCCGGUGUGUAGAUUUGCUUAAUGUUUUGAAUGCUAGCUCUUAACAAUGUGAUGGUUAAUUUGUUAUGGUGGUGGUCUGCUACCAGAUUGCAAUCUUUGUAGAGACUUGUUUUCAGACUCGAAUGCGUGAUGCUAUAUUGCCAUAGCGUCAUAUUGACAGCAAUUAAGACGACAGCAGUAGCAGCUAUUUCACAAGAAACAA